AUGCCCGCAGCCGUGGUGGGCGAAGUGCUCGACGAUGGCAGCACGGUGACCUGCCACCGCGCAGAUUCUGAGGUGACGGGCGCACCGUUGCCAGACAAGCCCAGCUUGGAGGAAGUGAGGGGCAUCUUCGCAUCCUUCCGGGCACAGAUUUCCUACAUCGCCCGGACGGUCUGCCACGCCGCGCUGAAAGCCCAUGGUGAGGCCAGCUCCGAGGCCAUGUCCAUCCUGCUCGCCAUGCUGAUGCUUGGGGGUCCACAGCUCCUUCAGGUCCGGACAGAUGCCCUGGACAUUCUGGGGAGGCUGCUGCCGGCCCAGGACGGUGCAGCCUUGCCGGGCUUCCUCGCAGCUGGUGGCCUCUUCGUUCUGCUCGGCUUGCUCUCGCCUUCCACCAAGCUGGAUUCCGAUCCCGAGGUGCUGGAAAAGACCAUGCAGCUCUUCCUGGAGCUGGUGUUGCAGCACGGCACUGCCCUGGCGCCAGUGCUGGAGGACUGUCAUCCCGUCAUCCUGAUGCAAAAACUGGCGAAGGACUCCAGGUGCACCUCCCGGAUGAAGCAAAAUGCAUAUGCAGCACGGAAGGCAUUGGAGAAGGUUGGCGUCGGGAGUGCGAGCACCAUGACUGCCAAAGAAGGUGGCCUGGGCGCGGGCUGCGCGGGCGGGAGCGAGGGAAAGCCACAAGUCGAAAGAAGCAGGUUGCAGUCAGCUGGUGCUGCUGUCGCGCACGGAGGCUACUCUCCGUCAGGCAGGAAUGGCUCUCUGUCUGAGAGGACGCCAACUCCGAUUCUACCUGGAGGGAUGACUCUUCGACUCUUGCUGGACCAGAGGAAGCUCAGUUUGGACUCCUCUGCCUUGGGCCAGGCCCUGUCGGAGUUCGAGGCCAAGGUCGUCAGCAGCCAGGAGGGUGCCCUCCAUGAACUGGCAGCAGACUCCGGGUUCGCCGAGGUCCUGUCGAAGGCACUGCAGUCAGCAGCAAGAGGUGGAGCCUUGCAUCUGCUACCCAGCUUGGGCAGAGUCCUAGUCCGCCUCAGAGGGGAGCCUCGGUCGCGGGCGGCCUUCGUCCGACAGCUGGGCCGCUACCUUCGCUUCGGGGAAGCCCUCGAGGUGCUCCAGUCAUCCUGGGCGAAUCUGCCAGAGGCUCUGAGGUCGGCCAUGCUGGAUUCGAUGGAGGAGAUGAUGCAGCAGAUUGCUAGAUCAUCCACCCAUGCGCACGAGCAGCAGUCCGUGCAGGUGCUGCUGCAAGAGCACGUUCCUGCGGAGCUCCAGGCCUUCGCGCUGCGUAUGCUACGGAGACUGGUGGACCCUGACGGCGCCAACGCCCCGAGAGACCGGCAGUGGUGCCAUGACGCCAGCCGCCAGUCUCUUGCAGUCUCGGGACCCUUGAGGUCUCCGGUUCGACGUUCCGGAUGUCUCCGAAGGCACCCGCUCGCGUGCCUGGACAUUCUGGGUACACUGGCCCUCAAGGAGGACUUCCGGCAGUUCUUCGCGAACCAGGCUUCGCUUCUCAAGUUCCUCGCGCACUGCUGCACUCAGCUCUUCGCUUGGUCAGCUCUUGCCGGAUUUUGA